UAAGGUCAAUAUCCGGGGUAUUUCACGUUCCAUGAAACAACAGAUUAUACUGAGGAUCAAACAAUUCGUCAUAUCGAACCAACCAUGGCCUAUCAACUUGAGGUUAUCCAAUUUCGAUAUUACUCCUUGCUUUACUGACAAUAGACAGAUUGACGUUUAUUAUGCCGUUGGUAAAGAAAAUACUUCGGAAUGUAGAUUUUUCAUUCGAUCCUUAGUUCGUCCUGGUCGGUUGCGAAAUAGCAUGCGCGCAGCGGAUUACCUAAUCUCGGAGUCCGACAGAUUAUUGAAUGAGAUUUUGGAUUUUAUGGAGAUCGUUAAUUCAGAACAUAAGAAUGCUGACUGCAAUCAUUUAUUUAUAAAUUUCAUUCCAACAUUUGUGUUAGAACCAAAACAAGAUAGGAAGCUGUUAAAGGAUUUAUUGAUCAGCACGGCAAAGCUUAUGGAGAUUGCGUGUGACCGGAGCCGAAGCUCGUUUCAAACCACAUUAGGAACAAGUUAUCCUUUAACGUCUGGAUUCUUAAACCAACCCACACACCUUAACCAACAAAAGAAUGGCUUCAACCAAGGCUUCAAUAAUAAUUUACAAGAAGUGGAGAGAGCUUCGGGAACGAAUUCAUUUGGUAUGGUUGCAUGGAUUUUUACACUUUUUACCCAGAAUUUCCCAAAGACAGCAAAUUCUGGUGCAAGGAUUGGAUUGGCAGAAGAAGUUAUGAAUCAUUUUAACGUUGCAUGGAUUGAUAAAGAAAAUCCAAGCAAAGGAAGGAGAUACACGACAAAAUCACCGACAUUAUUGGAUCAAAAGAUGGGCUUUGUGUUGAGGGAGGUUUCAGGAUUAUUCGCUGGGAUAACAUCGCGAGCAUAUGAGGACAUUUUCACAAUAAUGUUAGUUACUUGUCGUUCAGUUUAUAUUGGAGCUUACUUAGUAAGGUUGGGACAGUGUAUAAUUAAAAAUGAGGGUCAACACGUAAUAUUAACCGGAUCACCAGCAUUGAAUAAAGAGUUGGGAAGAGAAGUUUAUACAGGAAAUCUACAACUUGGAGGCACGCAAAUUAUGUUAAAGAAUAGAGUUUCACAUUUGACUGCACAAAAUGAUUACAAAGGUUAUGCAAUGUCUUUCUUGCGUUCCAGCCGAAAUUCUAUAUUUAUGAAUUCAGAUACUUUGGACAGGGAUGUUAAUUAUGUGCCUCCGAGGGCCUUACGAUCCAAGAUGUACUACAAGUAUGUUUAUAUUGUUCCAAUGGAGAACUUCGUGGUGAUGCUUGGGUUGUAA